CUCAGAGACCCCAGAGACCCCAGAGACCCAGACCCCAGAGACCCCAGAGACCCCAGAGACCCCAGAGACCCCAGAGACCCCAGAGACCCCAGAGAUCCAAGAGAUCCAAGAGACCCACGCGAUCCUGAAUAUUAUCGAGAUCGAGACUACCGAGAGUCCCGCAGUGCAAGAGACUUAGGGGCUCCACGCAAUCCACGAGAUAUGCGAGAUCCGCGAGACCUGCGAGAUCCGCGAGACCUGCGAGAUCCGCGAGACCUGCGAGAUCCACGGGAUUACAGAGAUCCUAGAGAUUCAAGAGACCCGCGUGGCCCGAGAGAACUUAGAGAUCCUAGAGACCUAAGGGAUCCAAGGGACGUGAGAGACCCGAGAGAUCUGCGAGACCCCCGGGACCCACGAGACCCACGAGACCCCAGGGAUCCACGCGAUGUCCGUGACUCGAGAGGUUACCGUGAUCCUCGUGAAAGGGAUAGACGAGAUCCAUAUGCUCGUCACCCUGAUGUGCGUACGGAGAGUCGUUUUGAGGGACGACCGGACCAUCGACUCGACAACCGCAUCGAACGAAGGGGUCCCGCCGAGCAGAUACCCAAAACGAAGAUUAUCAAAAAGAAGCGUGUGCUCCCGAGACCCACUCUUUCACCAGAAUUCGCAGCUUCGGAUUCGGUUUACUACCGAAAACCUGGUAAUGAGUCAGUGGUGGGCUCAGGCACUUACGGAAAAGUCUUCAAGGGUGUUCAUGUCUAUACCAAAGAUAUGGUAGCGCUGAAAAAGAUAAGAAUGGAGGGUGAAAGAGACGGGUUUCCAGUUACAGCGAUCCGUGAAAUCAAGCUCCUCCAGUCACUUAACCACGACAAUAUCGUCAAACUACGAGAGGUCAUGGUGGAGAAGAAUGACUGUUUCAUGGUUUUCGAAUAUCUCUCCCACGAUCUUACUGGACUUUUGAACCACCCUACUUUCAAGCUCGACCAGGCAAUGAAAAAGGACCUUGCCAAGCAGCUGUUCGAGGGACUCGAUUACCUCCAUCGCCGCGGUGUACUCCAUCGUGACAUAAAAGCAGCAAACAUACUAGUCAGCAAUACUGGACAGCUCAAACUCGCCGACUUUGGACUCGCAAGAUUUUAUGCGAAGCGCGGCAAGCUGGAUUACACUAACAGAGUGAUAACGAUCUGGUACCGAUCCCCAGAGCUUCUACUAGGAGAGACGCAGUAUGGUCCUGCUGUGGAUAUCUGGUCCGCGGCUUGUGUUCUUGUCGAAAUAUUCACGAGGCACGCUAUAUUCCCGGGUGACGGUGGAGAGAUCAACCAGUUAGAUAAGAUCUACAACGUCCUGGGAACACCGACAGUGCAGGAUUGGCCAGGCAUAGUCGAGAUGCAAUGGUUUGAACUAUUACGGCCAACAGAACGCAAAGUAUCCACGUUUGAAGAAAAGUACAGGGACAGAGUUACGCCGGCUGCGUUCGACCUACUGGGCGCCAUGUUUCUGUUCGAUCCAGCUGCACGGCCGAGUGCAAGCGACGUUCUCGAGCAUCCAUACUUCGCAACAGAGUCACCAGCACCGAAUAGGGCAGACGCACUAAAGGAGUUGGAGGGCGACUGGCACGAGUUCGAAAGUAAAGCGCUACGAAAGGAGAAAGAGAAGCAGGACAAGGAAGCCAGACGAGCAGCACGAGAGGGAGAGAAGCGCCGCGCGGAGUCAUCCGCUGACCCAGAGAGGGAACCUAAGCGCGCGAAGAGCAGUGAAGAAGUCAGUCAAGAGCAGGUGUGAUUCACUUGCUCAAAAACAUUAGUAUAUUAAUGUGUACGAUGGUGCGAGCGGA